CUCUCCUAUUGGUCACUGUGUUCUAUCACAGCAACAGAAAGCAAACAAAGGUCAAGGAGCCAUGCCCACUCUUCCUCCACGGACCAGCAUCGGGCUCCAAAGAAGGAUAGUUCUGAUGACUUCUCCGGAGGAAACCACUGGCUCUUUCACCAAUGGCUCUCAGCACAGAAACCAGAGUUCUCCUUCCUCUGCUGCCGGGGUAUCCUCAAGGCAUCUGGUCUUCGUGCGGUGUGGACUCCUCCUGCUCAAGGGCCUGAUGCUGUCAGUCCUCUGCCUGGUCCUUUACUGGAGGGGCUGCCAGGGGCCUGAGUAUGCGGUAGAGACAGUGACCAUGGAGGUUACAGACCAUGCCAGCCUUCCUGGCGUCUCAGAGUCCUUGGGUACACACAGCCAUGUCUCAGGGUAUGAGAAGAGUGCUUAUUCUCCUAACCCUGCCCGGGGACCAGAGCUGCCCAACCACUGCGUACUACAACCCUACUGA